CUGGUCCAGUUGCCAUCUUGUCUACUACUAUGGACUGAACGUCUCCAGUAUUACGUCAUCAUGUGGAAAUAUCAACACAGAAGCCGAAGGGUAAGCCCACCCCUGCUAUUUGUAAUAGGCUGAAAGAAGUUUGUGGGUGGAGUUGCACAGGCCUAGGUAUUUCAGGCAUCAAAUCAUAUGAAGUUCAGAAAAUCGGGAGUCAAGAGAUACCACUCCAAACCUGGAAUUAACAGCCAGAAAAUGGCUUUGACAAAUUUGAAGUGGCUUGUUGUAUUUGUCUUAUGCAGUUGUGUGUCACAGUAUGGAGUCCAAGGUAGUGCACUUUCUAUUAGUGUGUACUUCGUAACAACAAAGAGCAUUAUUGUCCGCUGGAGUCGACACGAUGGUGCCAGCUCCUACAAGGUCACGGCUACCCCCAAGAACACAGCUGGACCCUCCACCUUUGUACAGUUCAGUGAGAACACGGUCAUGGGCUCUGUCAACAGAUUGCUCCCCAUCACCCUGUACACAGUGAGGGUGGAGGCGAUGGAUGCCGACCUGAAUGUGUUAAGUCAAGGAGAGGUGGAGUCGAGCACAGCUCCUGACGUUCCCACUAUUGAGGUGGCAACAUCCAAGCAGAGUGAGAGCAUCACAGUGGAGUUUGAAGCCGUCUCUGGAGCAGCCUCUUACGUUGUGCGAGCUGAGGCUGCUGAUGGGACCUUCUUCUCUGAGACACCAGCUUCCAGCUCCCCAGAUACCAUCCAUGGUCUCGAACCCUACACCGAAUACAGUGUCAGUGUGCUCACUGUCAACAGCUUGGGUGGACGGAGUCAGCCAUCAGUCCCAGUUGUGGUCAAGACAGUGCUGUCAGCUCCUCAGGUCAACUCCAGCUCUCCCAGUAAUGACACCAUCCAGCUGGACUGGGAGCCAAUGGAGCAUGCUGUGCAGUACUCCAUCACGGUCAUCCUGCAGGGCUCAGACAUUCUGCGGCGCCUUAACACCACCUCCAGCUCCGAGACCCUGGUGGACCUGGAGCCAGGGAGCACCUACUGCACCACGGUUCUGGCCUGGGAUGCUGAGGGCCGGCCUGGGGACAGCACCGAAGUCUGCCAGCUCACACGUCCAGCUCAGCCUCAGGACUUUGUGCUGUCAGUGGUGUGGAAUGAGGAGGCGAGACUGCUGGUCUCAUGGAACGCCUCUCAGGGGGCGAGCGAGCAUAUGGCAGUAAGCUCCAGCGGCCUGAACUGCACCUCCUCCUCCAUCUCGUGCUCCCUCUCGCCCCUCAGCUGCGGGGAGACGCACUACAUCACACUCACCGCCAGCAACCAGGCCGGACCCAGCCUGCCCUCCGACCCUAUCAAGUUUGUCAGCAUCCCUUGCGCACCCAAUCCUGUGUGGCUAUCGGAGCCAGAGGCAGGGAACUGCUCGGUGGACUGGGAUGCGGUUGCCACGGCAGACUCCUAUGGUACAUUUGUGAAGCGCGAUGAUGGUGCGGAGCAGAGAUGUAAUUCUUCGGAGACUUCAUGCUAUUACAGCUGCCAAUGUGGAUACAGCUAUAUCGUCACCGUGUUUGCCCACAACCAAGCUGGGUCCAGCCCUCCUGGGCCUGUGCUCAACUAUACCACACUCCCUUGCUGUCCAGCGGAUGUGUCUAUCUCACUGGUCUCCACGGAAACACUGGAAAUCAUGUGGUCAGCAGUCCGUGGGGCAACAUUGUAUGAGACCCGGGCUGUAGACCAAUCCGAGCUAAUUGUGUGUAAUGACACGUCUCCUCGGUGUGCACUGUCGGACCUGUCCUGCAACAGUCGCUACAACGUGGUGGUCAUUCCAUGUAGUGAGCUCAGUGGUUGCAACCGCAACUGCCAAUCACAGGCGCAUGAGACAGCUCCUUGUAUGCCUGAAAUCCAGAGUGUAUCUCAGACAGAUGGAAGUGUGACAGUCAGCUGGACAUCUGACAACAGUGCAGCCAACUACACAGCCAGUCUUGUAUGUGAUACGGAUACAUUUCCCUGUGAGUCAAAUGGAACAUCCUGUGAGGUCCAAGAGCCAGCCUGUGGCUCCACCUGUGAUGUCACUGUCAUGGCUACCACCAGUGCUGGAGCAAGUCUUCCAAGCUAUGUCGUUCCACUAGAAACAGUGCCCUGUUGUCCAGUGAACCUGACAGUGGAUCAAGUGACCCAGGCUAUGAGCAACGUGACCUGGUCAGCAGCACGAGGAGCUCACACCUUCCUCACAUCCCUGACCUCUCCCCGGGGCCAUGCCCGCUGCCACGCCCAGGACACGCACUGCCUGAUGGGAUGCAUCACCUGCGGCACCAGCUACAACGUCUCCAUGGAGGUGACGAGCCGCACGGGCCGCAAGGCGGAGUGCAACUACCAGGGAUUCUCUUCAAGCGUGUGUUGCCCAUCAGGUGUGCGUUUGUACAGUAUGGCUAACAACACGCUGAGGGUGUACUGGCGUUCGUCUGGCUCGCUCAGCAACUACACCGUGGACGUCCAUGGCAACGCUGGCAACUACACCUGCUCUACUCCACCUGGGGGAAGCCACUGUGACAUCUCGGACGUCACCUGUGGCGAUGUCUACACGGUCGUCGUGGCGCCCUUUAACAUGGACGGCAGCCAGGUCUCAUUCUGUCCACACAAGCUUUACUCAGUAUCCUGCACAGGAGAUUACGUGGGAACAAUAAUCUAUCGGGGCAGGAGGAGUGUGGAUUAGAACAUUCUGAUAUGUCAUUUCUGCUGCUAAAUCUACCAAGCAUCCAAAGCAUCCAUCACCCCCAGGAGCCAGACCAGAAAACCCCUCUACCCUUACUGCGUCCCUCCCAGCACUGGACUGGAAGUGGAAUAUUUCACACACGUGUCUGCUGUCAACGGAAUCAUUGGUAAUGCUUUACAUUGAGGUUCCCACAAAUAGCAUUACAUGAUGCAUCAAGUAAUAUGAGGAAAAUAGUUAAUUUUGAACGAAUGAUAAGUGUAGUUAAAAGAUGACAUUCAUUGUGUAAAGCAUUUUGUUACAUUUUAUGCCAUAUUAAAAUGGACAAUUAAAGCACAGAUACAUAGGUAAUAUUAUGUGCUAUAGACUUGAUGAUGAUGUUAACUAAGGCAUUGUGGAUUGUUAAUGGAACCUAAAUGUAAAACAUUACUGAUUCUGUCAAGACAUUAGAGAAUGAAUAGGAUUUUUUUAUCCUUUCUGAUCCUAUUGUUAAUAGAAAAAAUAGACAUGUUUAGGAAAUCACAAUAAUUAAAUAAACACUCAAAUUUAUUUUUCACCUUUUUAAAGUCCUUCAUCCUGUGGCAUUGCACUGCUAAUAAGACACAAUGCCUAAUGAACUAAAUGCACCUUAGAGUCUAAACUCUUGUAAUUUUGAUGAAUUUAAGAUAAGUUCCAUUUUGGUUACUAUUCUAAUUGUAAUGAUGGACUAUAUUUCCUCAACAUAUGAAUGUCCAAUUUUCAUAUCAGCCUACAAAGUUAAAUUUGUAACUUUAAAAGACAUUUCCAAUCUGUCUUGUUUUUAAUUCAGAAAAAAAGAAGUGAAGGACAAUAGUGAAGAAAGUGAAAAAAAUGUAUGUUUUGUUGCACCUCUGUUCAAAUAGAAAAUGAGUAAUGUUUUUCACAAUUUGAUAUAUUUUGUUUUUUAUAAAUUUUAUAAAAUGCCCUGUCCCUCUGCCCAAAGUUCCGUGCCUUCUCUGGUACUAUUCUGAGCUGUACACCAUCCAGAGUAAUGCUUCCUGUAAGUCCUACAUGGCACAGUCUCCCCACCAGAGGAUGUGUAAUAAAUUCAGUACACAAGCACUGGCAAA